AACAACCCCAGCGAAGGCCUCGUAUCAAAGCUGCGGCUCGAUAGUGGGGACGGUGGAUCGCGGUCGUGUUAUGCGUGGAGUGCUGGCUUGUCGGUGUUAAAUUUCGCCCGACAUUUGCUCGUGGUGCAGUUGUUUUUGUUCAAGUAGUGUCAUUGAUAGCAAUUCAAAAUGCCGGCCACCUUAACAUCACAACAGGCGAGGGCCGAACACACUAUGGCUGUAACAAGAGAUUACAUUUCCCAGCCUCGUCUAACCUACAAGACAGUGUCAGGUGUGAAUGGUCCCCUGGUGAUCCUUGAUGGCGUCAAGUUCCCCAAGUUCGGCGAGAUCGUGAACCUGACGCUGGGGGAUGGCACUGACCGGCAGGGUCAAGUGCUGGAAGUCAGCGGCUCCAAGGCCGUUGUGCAGGUGUUUGAGGGUACGUCGGGUAUCGACGCCAAGAACACCAUCUGCGAGUUCACGGGCGAUAUCCUGCGCACCGGCCCGUCUCCGAGGACAUGUUGGGGUCGCGUCUUCAACGGUUCCGGCAAGCCCAUCGACAAGGGGCCGCCCGUGCUGGCUGAGGACUUCCUCGACAUCCAGGGCCAGCCCAUCAACCCGUGGUCGCGCAUCUACCCGGAGGAGAUGAUCCAGACGGGCAUCUCGGCCAUCGACGUCAUGAACUCGAUCGCCCGUGGACAGAAGAUCCCCAUCUUCUCGGCGGCCGGUCUGCCCCAUAACGAGAUCGCCGCCCAGAUCUGCAGACAGGGCGGCCUGGUGAAGCUGCCCAACAAGUCGGUGAUGGACGACCACAGCGACAACUUCGCCAUCGUGUUCGCCGCCAUGGGUGUGAACAUGGAGGCGGCUCGCUUCUUCAAGCAGGACUUCGAGGAGAACGGCAGCAUGGAGAACGUGUGCCUGUUCCUCAACCUGGCCAACGAUCCGACCAUCGAGCGCAUCAUCACGCCGCGGCUGGCGCUCACCACGGCCGAGUUCCUCGCCUACCAGUGCGAGAAGCACGUGCUGGUCAUCCUGACGGACAUGACGUCGUAUGCCGAGGCGCUGCGCGAGGUGUCGGCCGCCCGCGAGGAGGUGCCCGGCCGGCGCGGCUUCCCCGGCUACAUGUACACCGAUCUGGCCACCAUCUACGAGCGCGCCGGCCGCGUGGAGGGCCGCAACGGCUCCAUCACGCAGAUCCCCAUCCUCACCAUGCCCAACGACGACAUCACUCACCCGAUCCCCGAUCUGACGGGCUACAUCACUGAGGGCCAGAUCUACGUGGACAGGCAGCUGCACAACCGGCAGAUCUACCCGCCCAUCAACGUGCUGCCGUCGCUCAGCCGUCUCAUGAAGUCGGCCAUCGGCGAGGGCAUGACGCGCAAGGACCACGCCGACGUCUCCAACCAGCUGUACGCGUGCUACGCCAUCGGCAAGGAUGUGCAGGCGAUGAAGGCGGUGGUGGGUGAGGAGGCGCUGACGCCUGACGAUCUGCUCUACCUCGAGUUCCUCACCAAGUUCGAGAAGCACUUCAUCACCCAGGGUAACUACGAGAACCGCUCGGUGUUCGAGUCGCUGGACAUCGGCUGGCAGCUGCUGCGCAUCUUCCCCAAGGAGAUGCUCAAGCGGAUCCCGGCCAGUACCAUCGCCGAAUUCUACCCGCGCGAGAACAAGAGCACGGCCGACAACAACUGAGGCGGUGGUGCCGCCCCGUGGCUGGCGGUAGAACCGCAGCCUCUGCCAGCCGCCACUAGGCGCGUGAUGCGAGCGUCUCAGGGUGGUUCGGCCCGGCUGGUGCCAUGGUAGAUCAUGUGUGAGAUAUCUGUUUGGAAAAGGCUUGCUCUCAGCGUCUUCAGGCUAAUGAAGGUGAAGUUCGAAACGGAUUUCGUAGGCGGCAAUGGUAAUAGCGUUCGAAAUGUCACUAUGCUGACAAGCUGCAAGCCAGCAAGGAGUAAAUAUGUUUAUAUGUUUGCUGUACCUACUCUGUGUGUGCGUGCAUUAUAAUGCAUAGCGCAAUGACGCCGUGGCGACCGAUGUGUCAACGAAUCAUUCCUGGUGUAUUUUAUUUUAGAUUGAUCGGUGCGUGAUUCCAACAGACGAUAGAUUGUUUAAUGGGAUGUGUGAUGUAAUACUUGUAUUAUUUGAGGAAUAGAAUGGAUUGUAUGUGGCUGA